GAAAGUCACAAAGUCAUUGCUGACGUGUCCAUAUUUACUCUCUCUCUCUCUCUCUCUCUCUCUCUCUCUCUCUCUGAUUCAACUGCUUCUAUUCCAUUUUCGCUCGUUCUUUCUCUCUCCAAAACUUCUUUGAUAUUUUCAUUCAGAUAUCAUAGGGUUUCUGAUUCUACUCCAAAAUCAGCGUCACUGAUGGUUUGCAAAGACCGGUGAUUCUGCGUGCUUGUUAGAAAAUUAGAAAUGGCUGUUGCUGGAGUGCACAAUGUAUCUGUGGUGGAAUCUACAUUUUUGAGGGACUCUCAUUCCCGGUCACCAAGGAGGCAAGAAGAUGGAGGGAGGGGAGGUACUCGGUCAUCCCCGCUCUUGCAAAUGUGGCGUGAGCUUGAAGAUGAGCACAUGGUGAGACAAGUUCAAGGAAGAUCUGAUGAAGUAUUAGUUCAACAGAGGAGUGAUGGGUUGGUUGUAGAUGCAUCACAGGAAAAUAUGAAUCAUAUGUCAGAAGAUGCAGUUUUAGGUGAGAAUGAUUCUGAAACAUGGUCACAGUCACAGAGUCAGAAUGGGUCUCAAUAUGAACAAGAUCAUGUGGACUUGAACAAUUCUAGUCGUGAAAACUCUUCUGGUAUUGGAGAUGUUGGGAGGGAAAGAGUAAGGAAAGUUUUCAAGGAAUGGAUGAGUAAUGGUGGUUCUAGGGUUCAAGCAUCAAAUAUUACUCGAGGAAAUAGUGGUUCGAGGGGUGAAUUGCGUGGAAAAACUGAGCAGGAAAGAGUGAGUGUCGUAAGGCAAUGGGUAGAGAUGAGUAGCCAGCUGAGAGGUGUUUCUGUUGGGGAGAAUAGGGAAGAACAGUCUUCUGAAUUUAGUAACCAAACUGAAUGUGUUCAUGAUGGAUUGGUUGUCAAUCAGAAUGAAGGCCAAAGUGAGCAUAUAUCACGAAGAAGAAUCCGUAAAUUACGUGGUCGGCAGGCUCUGCUUGAUAUGGUUAAGACGAAUGUGGUGGAUAGGGAAAGAGAUAUUCAGGAAUUGUUGGAACGUCGGGCUGUAUCUAAUUUUCCCCAUCGCAAUCGCAUUCAGGCCUUGCUUAGAGGCAGGUUUUUGAGAAAUGAUAGACCCAUUGAUAAUAAUCGGCCCACUUCCAUUGCAGAAAGUGAAUUAGGCUUAUUGAGACAAAAACAGACUGUAUCAUGUCUAAGGGAAGGAUUUUCUUUUAGAAAGGAUAAUUUAGGUUAUGGUCAAGCAGCAAGCAACCUAUCUGUUACCUCAUCUGACAGUGAUAUUGAUGUCGAUACAAUUGAACAAACUGGAGCUACAAGUUCACAAGUAGUCGCCUCUGUACAUUCCGAACAAUCAAAUCCUAAUAACAAGGGAAGUGACAGACUUGGGAUAUCAUGUGCUCAUGAAGAAGAAACAAGAAAUUGGGAGUCGUCUUCCAAUAUCAGUGUUGAAAGAAGAGAUGGCACUGCACAAAAUGUUGAUACAAUGCCAAUCGAAGAUACCGGUAACGACCUUACCCAACCAAGUUUGCAAAUUGAAGUUACGGACCAUAGCAAUAUGCAAGAGCAAGAACCAAGUGAGGCACAUAUUGAGCAAUCUCUGAUGGGUGAUUUAACUGGUGAUGAAAGCAGCUUAUCAAAUCACAACAAUCGUGUAGGGGACGAUAUUGUUGAUAAUGUAGAUUCGGUUUCGGUUGUAUCUACUGCUCUGGAAAGAGAGCAAGAGGAAGAAACUAUUAUUGAAAGUGAAGGAAGUGAAUGGCAUCAAACUAACAGAGAGUGGAGAGAUAGCCCCCAGGAAAGUGUUGACGAUAAUCAGCACAGUAGCACAUCAAAUGAAUGGCCCCAAAAUAUCUUGGGAAAUGAUGAUGGAGAUAAUUCUCGUACUCAAGAGCAAGUAGCAGCCUCUGAAGUGUGGCAAGAAGAUGGCAGCUUUCAAGAGGCUGUGGAAAUCUGGUUGGGACGACCUUCUGAUAAUGGAGCAGCUCCAGUUGGUAGAAUUCAUGGAUUCUAUUUUCCAGAAGAUGACAAUGUGUACAGUGUUGAACUCAGGGAACUGCUAAGUAGGAGAAGUGUCUCAAACCUCCUACGAAGCAGUUUUCGUGAAAGUCUUGACCAGUUGAUACAAUCAUAUGUUGAAAGGCAAGGUCAUGCUCACGUUGAGUGGGAGGAGCUGCAAGAAACAACCCCUUCUUCUCCCACCACAGAACAAGACCUGGAUCAGCAUAGAAGGGAUCAGAUUGUUGGUACGGAGGACAUUGUCAAUAGUCCACUGAACCUGCCUUUACCACCACCAACUCCUCCCCCUUUGCCUUCAUGGGAUCGACACUCACGUCAUGACAAUUGGUCACGGAAUGGCAUAAAUAAUCAGCGCCAAGGAAAUGUGCAUUCAUUUACAGGACACAACCGCUUUCCUUUAGCUGAUGAGUGGGAUAGUAUUAGUGACUUGAGAAUUGACAUGGUUAGGCUACAGCAAAGGAUGAGUAAUAUGCAGAGAAUGCUUGAAGCCUGUAUGGAUAUGCAGCUUGAGUUGCAACGCUCAAUUAGACAAGAAGUCUCUGCAGCCCUUAAUCGCUCAACUUGUUCAUCAGGAGUACAUGACCAAGGUGUACCAGACAAUAAAACUAAUUGGGAAUGUGUGAGGAAAGGACUUUGCUGUAUAUGCUGUGAAGAAAGUAUUGAUUGUUUGUUGUACAGAUGUGGGCACAUGUGCACAUGUUCAAAAUGUGCAAAUCAAUUGCUAGAUAGUAGAAGAAAAUGUCCAAUGUGUCGAGCACCAGUGGUGGAAGUGGUUCGUGCAUAUUCUAUAUAAUUAUUUUUUCAUUAUAGUGUCACAUAACAAAACACAGAAUAGCAACAAUUUUAUCUAUCCAGCAACACCUGAUGGUUCUAUUUUGGAAUUUUGAUUCUGGAAUAGAAAGUGUAUUUUAUCUGGGUUGGAAGUUUUGAGAUAUAUUCCUUUAUAUGAUUAUGUGUAUAGAUAGAUCAAAUAGGACCAGUUUCUACCUUUGUCAUGUAAAGUUGCAUUCUCAGUUUUCUGAGUGUAAGCUAUAGGUUUCUUAAUGAAUUGUAGCAACAACGUUAGUGGGUUAUCUUGAAAAACUCUUGUAUCAAAGAUAUAAUUGAUAUUUAUUGUUGUUGUAUGCAAUUGGCAUUUUUCAAUCUAUUUCUUAGAUUAGGUGAUUGUUUGAACUA